AUGGUGGCAGGUGUCUGUCUACCUGAGAAGAAGCCGAACGCCGCGCCUGCACGCGCCGGCGCGUGUCGGCCCUCCUCACACGCGGCGCGCCCCGCGACGGCGACGCCUGCAGCCCCUCGGCCGGUGCCGCGUCACCCUCUGAUCGCGCGCCGCCGUUUUAUUGCCCACCUCGCGCCGGUUCCUCCACUCACCGAUCAGCAAGCUAGAUUAGAGACGGUUUUGCGCCUAGCGUCCGCGCAGAAGAGCCGCGAGGAGCACGCGCGGGCCGUGGCGCAGAGGGCGGCCGACGAGCUCGCCGCCGUGUCCCGGCGGGACGACCAUGGCCACGACGCGGCGCCCGCCAGCCCCCGCGGCGGCGCUGGCGCCGGCAUCCUGGGCAGCGUGCGGGAUAGAGCGCGGUCCGUGGUGGGCGCCGUCCGCAGCACCUUCUCCGGCGGCAGCGACCGGCGCGACGAGAGUAGUGCCACGGGCGCGGCGGCGGAGAGCGCCAGGGAGUACGCGGCGGACGUGAAGGAGCGCGCGUGGCGGGCGCUGGCAGGCGACGCCUUGGCGAGGAAGGGCGAGACGGACGAGUCGGCGUGGCAGCAGGGGGAGGACGUGCGGCGGCGCGCGGCGGAGAAGGCCCGCGAGGAGGCGCGGCGGGCGCACGGGCCGCCGUCAGAGGAGGAGAAGGGUCGGGCGGCGACGGCGAACAUCUACGGGAAGGCGGCGGGCGCGUUCCGGGAGAAGAUGGUGAUGCCGACGGACGUGGUGGAGCGGAAACGGGCGGAGGUGGCCGGCGCCGGGGAGGCUGCAACGGCAACGGCAAUGACGGGGCCGCGGCGACGAGCCCGAGGAGGAGGACGUGAUGCUGCGGGUAAAGGCGGCGGACCAGAUGACGGGCCGACCGUCGGGGCCGGCGUUCAACGACGGCGGCCCCAUGGGCGAGGAGGGCACCGGCAUGCCGCGGCGGCGCUAGCUGCGGAGAAGACCCGACCCGACCUGAUGCAGGCCGCCGCCGGGCAGGGCGUUGUGUCCAUAGUUUUUUUUUGUUCUGAACACAAAAGCAUACGCUUGUGCGCGAUGCGAUGCAGAAUGAAGAACAAUAAUGAACCGUGAAUGGUUUGUGAGAUGAUAGUCUGUUUAACCAACUGGGGAUUCCUCAGCUCUCCUCGGUAAACUUUUAUCAUUUUGAACCUUCAA